ACGGCAUCUCCUUCGCACACUCGCUUUGGCUUUUGCAUGUAACCGGACGGCGUUGGCAAGUGGGGGCUGCGGAUGACUAACAUUGCAAAAGAAACCGGAGGAGGUUGGGGGUUGGAACCUUGUUCAGGGCUCCAACGCCUGGAUUUAAUAGUACAGUACAUACCUUAGUCUGUCUUCGCCAGAUUUUCAACCUCAAGCUGUUGUUGGCUGCAGCACAGAUUAUUGGACAAUUCUUUGUCGGCCUAUCACCAUUUCGCUUCUCCUGAGCUUGAACCAUGGCAGAAACAAAUAAUAGGUUGUCCUGCGAGGGCGCUGCCACCCCGGCGCCUUCUCAGAAACGGGACAGAGAGUAUGGGAUGUGUGUAGAUCCACUCGUCGAUGAACGGAGUGAAGAUGGCAGGGAAGGAUUUCAAAGGAAGCUCACAACCCUGAAAGAAGAAGGCCGGCUGCUUGAGAUUUAUGGAUUCAUUCUCAAAUACCGCCCCGGAAGGCCGGUGCGGCUUCGCCAGCCCAUUCGCGGGGGCUACAACGCCGCCUUCUGCCUCGAAUACGCCGACGGAGCGGCCGUCUUGCGUGUGGCGCUUCCCGGGGUCAAUGCCUUUGCGGAGGAGAAGGUUCGCGUCGAGGUUGCCACGCUGCGCUACAUCGAGAGGAUGACCUCCAUACCAGUGCCGCAUGUCUAUCACUGGGGCACCGCCGCCGAGAGCCCCCUGGGAUUAGGUCCGUUUAUCAUCAUGGACUACAUCCCUCAUAAGUGUUCUCUGGCCGAUAUCCUUCAGGAUCCGUCAGUCAAGGAGGACCCGGGGCGACAGUACCUCGACCGCAACGUGCCCGGGGACAAGCUCGAGCGUCUCUACGGACAGGUCGCACGCAUCAUGCUGGAGCUGUCGAGGCUCGAGAUGUCCCGGAUCGGCUCUCUCGCGUACGACGAGGACCGCGACGCCUUCACCGUCGGCAGCCGCCCCCUGACGCAGGACAUGAACGAGCUCGUCGUGCAGGGCGGCGUUCCGCCGUGCGUGCUCCCGCCCGAGCCGACCACCUACGCGUCCUCGCGGGAGUGGUACGAGGUGCUCGCCGACCUGCACGUCGCACACCUAACGUUCCAGCGCAACCAGGCGAUCGAGUCGGCCGAUGACUGCCGCGACAAGUUUGUCGCCCGGUUCCUGUUCCGCCAGCUGGUGCGCCAGGGAAAGCUGCUCCCCGAUUGGGAGGGAGGGUCAUGGGGAAGAAAGAAGAGAAGGGGGGAGGAGAAGUUCAAGCUCUGGAUCGACGACUUCCGCCCGCACAACAUCCUCGUCGACGCGGACCUCAACGUCGUCGGCGUCAUCGACUGGGAGUGGGCCUACUUUGCGCCCGCCUCCUUUAGGGACGAACCGCCCUGGUGGUUGCUUCUCGGUCGGCCCGAGCUCUGGCGCGGCACCGUGCUGGACUGGCGGGAUGAGUUCUCCGGCGUGCUGGACGUGUUCUGCAGGGCUCUUGAUCACGUCGAGGAGAAAGAAGAAGAACGAGAAGAGAAGGAGGAUGACGGGAAAUGGUCCAUCGACCAGCGCAUCGACGCUUUGGGUCUUGAUGCGAAAGAAGGAUUCCCAACGAUGACAUUGCGCUUAUCGGAGCGGAUGCGACAGAGCUGGGACUCGGGAACGUUCUGGGCCAACUAUGCGGCCCGUAGGUGCUACGGUUUCGACCCCGUCUUUUGGGACUUUCUCGACGAGCGCUUCUUUCGCGAGAAUGCCGAAGGCGGGUUCGAGGGCAGGAUGCAUCUACUGCCGGACAAAGUACGAAGACGCAUGCAGUCGUUCGUCGACAAGAAGGUCGAGGACAGCAAGGAGGAGAAAAUCGACGAGUGGGAGCCCCAACAGGCAAGGGAAUAUCUCGCUGAGAUACUGGCCGAUCUUGAUUAAUUUUUCCACAACGAGCUAUCCCCGCUGCAUCCCGUCUCCUGCGAGAGAAUAAUUACAUUAUUAAUACGACAAUAACUGACAAAUCUUAUAUUAAUUAAUCAACCAAUAUUCCUCGUGGCCACUGAAUGUCAACAAUGUUCUCA